AUGGAAAAUUAUGAGGCAUUUCUAGGCUUUGAUCUCUGUAAGGUACCCCUGUCCAGUGCUGCACAGAAGAUUAUGUCUGCUGUGCACUCGGGUGAUUCAGUGGAGUCUAAGAACUGGAGAGAGAGUGAAAAGACUGCAGAAGUGGUAAACAAUUCCCGUAUUAAGUAUUCAGUACUUCUUGAAAAUGGGAAGAAUCAAUCACUGGAAAAAAGGAAUCUGAAUUCUUCUACAAGCCAGACGUCAGGCUCAUCCAUCAAGCUCUGUCCUCCGUCCUCCAGUAUCAGACUCACAGAUCAGCCCUCUGCCGACCAAAACCAGAAGAACGUCAGCUCAUUGGCUCCUCCCAGUUGUUUCAUUCCACAACGUAACCCAGAGGCUUCAGUCCUACAGAAAACGGAGUCUAAAAGAACGCAUUUCCUAAAGGAAAAUAAAAAUAAUGAAAAAAGAGAAAUGCCCGUGAAUCUUAAAAGAAAACAUGGUGCAUGUCAUUUUUCAGGGAAAACAAAUAAACAUGUGGCAUUGGAAGAAAAUGCUGAUGAGGUUGAAGCCCACCUAAACUGUGGGAACGCAAGAGCAUGCGAAAACCAUUUUUGUGACGUUAGGUAUUUGGAUGAUUUGGAGAAAAGCCAACUGGUUGAAAUGCUCAAACAGGCAGUGGCCGUGGUGGUAACACUGAUGUAUGAGGACGGUUCGACCCAGCUAAGAGCUGAGCAGGCUCUGUUUCCCUCUGUUAAAGGAAUUGCAGUGUUACUGCAGAGUCGUGUAGACAGCAGUGGUCCUCUGGAUGUCUCAGCCUCUGACAGUGUCCUGGGGGAAGGCUCCACACUCCGUGAUCAGUAUAUCUACCUCCAAACAGAGCACUCCUCUACUGGGGGCCAAGAGCAAGAGGCAUAUAAUCAGUUUGCCAGGAAAGUGCUGUUUCAAAUGCUGAAAUGUAAAUGUCCUGUUGUUUGUUUUAAUGCUAAGGACUUUGUGCGAACAGUGCUGCAGUUUUUUGGUAAAGAUGGCAGCUGGAAGCAUGUUGUUCAUUUUAUAGGGCUCGACCCCAGAAUUGCUGCAUGGCUUAUAGAUCCUGGCGAUGCUGCACCCUCUUUUGAAGAUUUAGUGGCAAAAUACCUUGAAAGCUCCAUCUCUGUUAAAGUGAACUGCACAUAUGGGAAUUCCUCAAGAAAUGUUGUGAAUCAGAAUGUACGGGUGAACCUGAAGAUACUCCACAAACUUAUGACGGGCCUUUGUUCCCAGUUGAAGGUUUAUGGUUUAUGGCAACUAUUUUGUACUUUGGAGCUUCCUCUGAUACCAGUUUUGGCAGUGAUGGAGAGCCACAGCUUUCAGGUGAACAGAGAAGAGAUGGAGAGGACUUCAGCCCUUCUGGGGUCUCGUCUCAAGGAAUUGGAGCAAGAAGCCCAUUUCGUUGCAGGAGAGCAGUUUCUUAUAACAAGUAAUAAUCAGCUUCAAGAGAUCCUCUUCGGCAAGCUAAAGCUACACCUGCUGAGUCCCAGGGAGACUCUUCCCAGAACGGGGCUGCAGAGACUCCCGUCCACGUCAGAAUCUGUGUUAAGUGCUGUGCAGGACCUUCAUCCAUUACCCAAGAUAAUUUUGGAAUAUAGACGGGUUCACAAGACCAAAUCAGCCUUUGUGGAUGGAUUACUAGCUUGCAUGAGAAAGGGCUCCAUUUCCUCUACGUGGAAUCAGACUGGAACUGUGACCGGAAGACUUUCAGCCAGGCAUCCGAAUAUCCAAGGUAUAUCCAAGCACCCAAUUCAAAUUACUAAACCACAAAAUGUUAAAGGUACAGAAGGCACGAUGCUCACCAUCUCCCCAAGGAGCAUGUUUGUUGCGCCUGAGGGCCACACCUUCCUGGCAGCAGACUUUUCACAGAUUGAAUUGCGCAUUCUUGCACACUUAUCUGGGGAUCCAGAACUUUUGAAGUUGUUCCAGGAAUCUGAAAGAAAUGAUGUAUUUUCCAUCCUGACUUCACAGUGGAAGGACAUCACCCCAGAGUGUGUGACACGUGCAGACAGGGAGCAGACCAAGAAGGUGGUGUACUCGGCGGUCUAUGGAGCAGGGAAGGAGCGGCUUGCUGCUUGCCUUGGAGUUACUGUGCAGGAGGCUGCCCGGUUUUUGGAGAGUUUUUUGCAGAAGUACAAGAAAAUCAAGGACUUUGUCCAAACAACCAUUGCCCAGUGUCACCAGACAGGCUAUGUGGCGUCCAUCACGGGCAGGAGGAGACCGCUGCCAAGGGUCCGCGCACAAGACCGGCAGCUCCGGGCGCAAGCAGAGCGGCAGGCCGUGAACUUCGUUGUGCAAGGCUCAGCCGCAGACCUCUGCAAGAUAGCCAUGAUCCACGUCUUCACUGCAGUGGCCGCUUCCCCAACCCUGACAGCCAGGUUGGUCGCCCAAAUUCAUGAUGAGCUGCUAUUUGAGGUGGAAGAUUCACAGAUUCCAGAGUUUGCAGCUCUUGUCAGGGGGACCAUGGAGUCCCUGCAGAACGUGCCAGCCUUGGAGCUACAGCUGCAGGUGCCCCUGAAGGUGAGCCUGAGUGCUGGCCACACGUGGGGGCACCUGGUGCCGCUGCAGGAGGCCCCCAGGCCCUCGGACCAGCCCACGUCCUGCUGA